AUGGCAGAUUCAAGAGUAGCACUCGACUUUACGCGUAUCAGAAAUGAGAUACACAAUGAAACCCAACUUGCUUUGUUGGAGGACUUUGUGCAGACGAUCAACACGCAGGGUGCUGUGGUAAUCAAAAAUGUGGGACUUGAUGAUGAUACAAUUCAGCAGGCCUUCUCAUGGACCAGAUUACUGUUCGAUCUCGAUGGUUCAACAAAGGAAGGCUGUCAGCACCCGGCAGAGCCUCUUCCCCAUCGAGGUUAUAGCGCAAUUGGCCAGGAGAGAAGUGGUGGCAACGCUUUCAACUACAAGGAGAGCUUCGACUUUGGACCAGCGCAUGAUAAUUUGUACCCCAAUAUCUGGCCCCAACAGACUCCUCACUCGAACUUUUGUCCCUCUGAAUUCAGGGCCUUCAUGGAACGCUUGUUUCUCAAUCUCCACGACGUCCAGCUCACAAUUCUCAAGGCACUAGAGGAAUACCUCGUCGUCAAAGGAAGGCUUUGUGCAAUGCAUAACCUGAUGCAGAACGAGAUACGGCUGCUGCAUUACCCCAGUGUGCCGAAUGCGGUACUCAGCAACCCAAAGAAAGCCGUCCGAUUCGGCGAACACACCGACUUCGGCACUAUCACAAUUCUGCUUCAAAAUCAGCCUGGCGGACUUCAGUUCCAAAACUACGCUGGAGAGUGGCACGAGAUCAAUUCAUCCCCAACGGACUUGGUCAUAUUAUUUGGUGACACGUUACAAAGAUGGACAAAUGAUCGGCUGUGGGCAGGGAAGCACCGCGUUGUGUCACCUAUUGCCAGGCAAGAUGAGCUGGAGACAGGAGAACGAUACUCCAUCGCUUAUUUCUGCAAGCCCAACCGAGACCAGUCGGUAGGAUCGCUACCAGAAUUCAUGGCGCAUGGGGAUUCAACGAGAUAUGAAGAUCUCACUGCUGAAGAAUACAAUCAGAGGCAAAUGAGGAAUCUCUACGGCUAG